AUGCGCUUUAUUUCCUCGAUAACCCGCUACCUUCGAAGCAAGCGAUCCUCCAAGAGGCUAUCACGGUCAAAACCAUGCGACGAGGACUCCAACGACUUGAUAAUUCAGACGUCGGAAACGGUCUCCUUCGCGCAAGGAGACACAGACAGUAUCGACUCCGCCUCUAGCACAAUUGUACGGCACUCAAUCGACGAACCAGCCCAGUCCACAGAAACAAGGACGGAUGAGAACAAGCUGCAGAGCAUGGGAAACAUCAGUAUCCACACCUUAUUUGAUGAGAGAGUGUCUUCGAAUCUCGGGAGUGAUAAAGCCGUGCAGGCGCUUUCGAGGCCAGAAUACCCUGUUAUUAAGCUAGAUACCACACCAGAACCGCCUGACCAACCACCGAAAUCUCUAGAGGAGCCGAUGCCGCUUGACGAGGAGGAAAAGGCAAAAGGCAUCUAUGCUGAGAACAAGACCGGAGUCAAAUCAGAGAAGAUCCAUGGCUUCUUCUAUAUUUAG